CUCUCUGCCCCGACUGCCUUCAUCUCUCUCUCCCUCUCUCUCUCUCUCUCUUACACACACACACACUCACACACACCCACACACUCUGAGCUAUCCAGAAUGACUAGAAGACCAGAAGGAAUGUCGAUCCACUACUGAAUCAACUUCUCUGCACAUAGAAAAGAGAAACCAACGCAUUGAAUUGCAUCUCUGUACAUAGAUAGAGAUACAUAGAAAGAGGGAGAGAGAUGGGUGGAGUCACUUCAUCAAUGGCGGCCAAGUUCGCAUUUUUCCCACCAAACCCACCCUCUUACAAGCUAAUUACCGACGACGCCACUGGCCUCUUGCUCUUGCACCCUUUCCCUCACCGAGAAAACGUCGAGGUGUUGAAGCUGCCCACUCGCCGCGGCACGGAAAUCGUGGCCGUCUACGUUCGAUACCCCAUGGCCACCUCCACUUUGCUCUACUCUCACGGCAAUGCCGCCGAUAUUGGCCAGAUGUACGAGCUUUUCGUCGAAUUGAGCAUUCACUUGCGUGUCAAUCUCAUGGGGUAUGACUACUCUGGCUAUGGGCAGUCAACUGGGAAGCCGAGUGAACAGAACACGUAUGCAGAUAUUGAAGCUGCAUAUAAAUGCCUUGAAGAGAGCUAUGGUGCUAAGCAGGACGAGAUCAUCCUUUAUGGCCAGUCUGUUGGAAGUGGCCCUACCUUGGACCUGGCAGCCCGUUUGCCUGGACUAAGAGCUGUUGUUUUACACAGUCCAAUAUUGUCAGGCUUAAGAGUAAUGUAUCCUGUAAAGCGCACAUAUUGGUUUGACAUCUACAAGAACAUUGACAAAAUUCAACUUGUCAAGUGUCCUGUUCUGGUCAUCCAUGGAACCUCCGAUGAUGUUGUUGACUUCUCCCAUGGUAAACAACUUUGGGAUCUUUGCCUAGUUCAAUAUGAACCGCUGUGGCUUAAAGGAGGAAAUCACUGUGACUUGGAAAAAUUCCCAGAGUAUAUUCGGCAUCUGAAGAAGUUUGUAUCUACCGUGGAAAAAUCACCAUCGCAGAGGAUGAGUUCUAGAAGAAGCAUAGACCGUCCCGAAAAUUCUAGGAAGAGUACUGACUGUUUUGAGGCGCCAAGGAAGAGUACUGACAGGAGAGAAAAACCAAGACGGAGCACCGAUAAGGCUGAGAAGUUGAAAUUUCACGAGUACAAAUUUAGUAACGAUGACAAACUGGCAAAGUUGAGAGUAUCUUUUGACCAGGUAGAGAGGUCUCGGAGGAGUGUGGAAUACCAUGAGAAAUCACGGAAAAGCAUCGACCAACAGCUGGAACGAGCAAGGAAGAGUGUUGACUGGUUGGAUAGGAUACGAGCCGGCUAAGUGUACAUUUUAGAAGAAGUAUGUGCAGUGAGUUUGUAUUGGCGGAAACGGGGCGAAGGAAGAGAGGGGGGGAAAUUAUAUUGGUCAUGUAACUUAUGGUUUUUUUGUUUUUCCUUUUUUGGGUUCCUAACAUUUGAAUCUCUUAAAUUUGACUGAUUGCUGAUUGCAGAUUGCCUGCCUGUGUUGAAAGAGGUCUUGUUUUAAUAUGUAGUUUAACCAUAAACUUAAUCUGCUUUCUCUUGUCUGGCUGUGAUGUGAAUUGGGGAAUUUGUAUCUCUGAUAAAUCUUUCCAUAGACACAUGUUAGUUAAUAGAAGCCUGACAUCUUCUUUCCAUAGACA